AUGGAGCUGACCACAAUUCUCGUUGCCAUUGCGGUUUUUCUGAUAGUCUUCGCCUGGUUUCGACGGCCCAAUCCUCGCCUUCCGCCAUGUCCAAAGUCACCCCUGCCUGUUGUGGGCCAUCUCUUCUACAUGUCACGUGACGCCCGCCCCCAGUUCAAGGGCUUCAGAAAACGAUGUGGCGACAUGUACAGUCUGUACCUGGGCGACGCGCUGGUUGUGGUACUCAACGGCUAUGAGCUCAUCAAAGAGGCCCUUGUCAAGAGAGCUGACGUCUUUUCUGACCGGCCGCCAUUUUUUAUUGAUAUGGCAACGGGAAUUCCUGGCAAAGGAGUUGUCUUCUCCAAUGGGCACACCUGGAAAGAGCAAAGAUCUGUCAGUCUGUCCAUCCUCAGAGCGUUCGGCAUGGGUAAGAAUCUCCUAGCGGAGAGGAUACAGGAAGAGGCUGGCUUUCUGAUGAACCACCUGGCAAGUCACAAAGGGGAGCCCAUAGACACGCGGAUUAUGACCAACAUCAGCACGUCUAACGUUAUCUGCUCCAUUCUGAUUGGUCAUCGGUUUGAAUACCAUGAUAAGGACUUCCAAGACCUGAUGUACAGAAUGGGAUGUUUAGUUUCCGAUCAGCAGAUGGUAAGCUUGGUGAAUUUCAUUCCCUGGUUGAGACACAUUCCUGGUGACUUUUUCCAGGCCAAGAGAAUCACAGCAAAUGUGCAGGCGCUGAUGCAGAUGUUAAACAAGUUCAUCGUGGAGAAGAGAAGACACAUUGAGGAUUCUAACGAGGUUUGCAAUCUAAUCGACGCGUAUACGAUUGAAAAGAACAAGAAAAUUCAAUCUGGCAUGCCGACUUCACUAGACGAUGAAAGUUUAAUGAAAAUCAUGUUUGAGUUGUUUAUCGCUGGAACAGAGACGACUAGUACCACAAUCUAUUGGUGUCUUCUGUACAUGUUGCAUAAUCCCAAUGUACAGGAGAAAGUGCAUCAAGAAAUUAAAGAAAAGAUCGGGACGAAUCGAGCACCAACCAUACAAGAUAAAACACAGCUGGUCUAUCUCAAUGCUGUCAUCAAGGAGACCCAGAGGCUGGGUAGCAUUGUCCCUCUAGGCGUGACCCACAUGUGCUCUGAGGAAGUGACACUUAGAGGCUACACACUACCUAAAGGAACGUACAUUCUGCCAAGUCUUGACUCUGUCCUGCACGAGAAGGCCACCUGGGGAGAAGAUGCCUCGAGUUUCAGACCUGAACGAUUUAUCGACGGUGAUGGAAAGUUGCUUGUCCCUGAGGAAUUCAUUCCGUUCGGCACGGGUCGACGGGUGUGUCUGGGCGAGGCCAUAGCUAAGAUGGAACUGUUCCUGUUUCUGGCUCACAUGUUCCAGAGAUUUGAGUUCCUCCCACCAGCUCCGGGAGAGGUGCCUCCAAUCAAGUAUGAAGUUGGUGGAGUGUUGGCUCCGAAACCAUACAAAAUCAGGAUUGUUGACAGAAAAUAA